AUGGCUUCGAAUAUCAAAAGAGUAGCCGUUAUUGGCGCGGGGCCGGCUGGAGCCAUCACCAUUGAUGCGUUGACCGAAGAGAAGACAUUCGACGUCAUCCGCGUCUUCGAGAGACGAGAGAAAGCUGGCGGGAUAUGGAUCGAGGACAAUAAUAACCAGCCCCGGAUACCAUCACUCCGAGCACUCAUUGAUCAGACAGCCGACCAGCCCAUUCCGGUGCCUGAAACGUUUCCGGCUCUUACUACCCAAGAAGAGAAGAUUAAUGGGAGAGAAUAUCGGUAUACAUACACCCCUGUGUAUCCUGGGAUGAUCAGCAACAUCGACGGCCGCAUAAUGGCCUUCUCGAAAGAGAAGUUCCCAAAGAACCAGGAACCAGACGCCAACGGGGUCAUUGAUCCCGAUGCCGCGUUCCACAAGAGCGAAAUCAUUCGAGGAUGGGUCGAGAACCUGAUUGAUCGGAAUGGGUACCGCCAGCUAGUGGAAUACAACACGUCGGUGGAGAAAGCGGAGAAGGUUGGGAAGGAGUGGGUGCUGACUCUGAGGAAAGCCUUGCCCGGCGGGAAGCACAAUUACUGGUGGCAAGAGACCUUUGAUGCGCUGGUGGUUGCGAGCGGGCAUUAUAGUAUCCCUAGAUUUUCGGAGGUGAAGGGACUCGCGGAGUUCAGUGAGAAUCACCCGGGUGUUGUGGAGCAUAGCAAGAUCUACCGUGGGCCGGAACGGUAUCGUGGCAAGACUGUCGUCACCAUCGGAGCUUCAGUGUCCGCAACGGAUAUCGCUCGACAGAUCGCAGCCGUAGCAAAGUCUCCAGUGUACUCGUCGAUACGAGAACCUCAUCGGGUAUACGGCACAGUCCCGUUCGAGCAUCCUCAGAUAGCACUGAAGCCUACCAUAUCGCACGUUUCUACGUCCCCAAACAGCCGAACAGUUUACUUCUCAGACGGUACCAAGGUCGAUAAUGUGGAUCAUAUCAUCUUUGGCACUGGCUACGACUUCAGCUUGCCAUUCCUUCCAUCUGUUAAGAUUGCGAAUCGCCGAAUUCUGGGGACGUAUGAACACAUUUUCAUGCAGGAUGACCCGACAUUGAGCUUUGUGGGAGGGGUCUCGGCAGGGUUCACUUUUCUGGUCUUCGAAUGGCAAGCCGUUGCCGUGGCGCGGUACCUGGCUGGGCGUGCCCAAUUACCCUCAAAAGAAGGCCAAAAAGAAUGGGAAGAAGACAGACUCAGGAAGCGAGGGGAUGGACAGCCAUUCUUCAAGGUGGCUCCCGACUUUGAGGAGUACUUCGAGGCUCUUCGGAAGUUGGCUGGCGAGCCAGCACCUGGUGUUCCAGGAAGGCGGUUGCUGAAAUGGGAUCCAGCGUGGCUAGCGAUUGCGGAGAAGACGAUGCAGAAUCGAAUCCAGAACUGGAAAGAUACCGCUGCGCUUGUCGAGAAGCAACUCAAAGGAGUAGAGUCAGCGAAACCGGCUGAUACAUACGUAGAACGCGCACGGCUAUAA